AUGACCAAACGAAGUAGGGAUGCCGCGGCCGAGGAUUUAGGAUUUUUCUCGAGUAUUGAAGCCGAUAUAGAGCCUGAAGCCGCCCCGUUGAUGGAUGAUGCACCCAUAGAACCAGAAACAAACACGAAAAGUGCAGAACAGGAAGUAAAAGGAACCGGUAGUAAUCAGAAGCCAUCUAAUAAUGAGCCUACAACUCGACCAACUAGUAAAUCACGUACGAAGGAGUCAUCCAGUGGCAUCUAUGCUCCAUCGUUUGCAGAAGCAAGUCAAGACCCAUUAUCACAUUUAGCAAAGAGAUAUUGGAGCAUUCCCGACUUGGUAUCGCGCCCAUCUAUACCUGUAGCAUCAACUGCAGAUGAUGGCGCUGAAGAACCGACUGGUAAAAAGGUAAAGGCCAAAAAGGCUGCCAAGAAAAAAGCAGCUGCUGCUGAAGCAGAGAGCACUGCUGAACCAACCAGUAAAUGGAAUCCAGAUGUCAUCAAACAGAUAUGGACUGAUCUUGUCAAGAGUGGAUUUUCAAGAUCGAAAAUCAUGUUGCUCGAGUACCUCCAAACUCUUGAAAAUUACUUAUGGCCACAUUUCAAUCCCGAAGAAUCAACUCUGGAACACGUAUUAUGUCUAGUCAUCAACAUUAACGAAAAGUUUCGUGAAAAGCAGUUCUCUGUCUGGUCUUCCUUCUUGACAACUCCAGAUACCGAUAGUGUCAAGUUUGCCGCAUUCUUCAAGAGAGUCAUUCAGUUACUGUUGACUCCUCUUGAUCUCAACUCGUAUACAUAUACAUACCACACGACAGCGACAAAGAACAUAGAGCUAGAUUUACAGAUACGUAGAUUCUUGCUGGUGUUUAUGAUUCAUUCAUUUGCUAGUUUGGAGACUAGUAUAGUCAGAUCUGAAUGUCUUAAACUUGCUGGUGUGUCAACGUGGAGCUGUCUUGUUGACGAAGAUGCGAGAGAAUCCAUAUUUAAAAAGGCUGUGUCAACACGUAAAUUAUGGAAUCGAGCCGAAAAGAAGCAUCAAUUAGCAACUAGUGCUGCCAAAACGGAGCUGGAGGUGGAACGUAGUGUGAUUUCAGAACUCAUAAAACAGUACUAUAUAAUAUUGGCCAGUAUACCUGAAUCAGGUCCAGCACCAUCACAUUCCAUUGCAUAUUGUGAACGCUUCCUGGAGUUCCUGACUGAUAUCGAGUCACAGCUACCAACACGACGAUAUCUAAACACGCUGCUGCGUGAUCAUUUGGUAGUCGCCAUGUCAUCAACCUCGAACCUGGCUAAACGCGGUCGUCUACAUAUUCAGCAUCAUCAGGAUAUGUCCUUAUCGCUACCCGACGACUGGAAUGCCAAAGAUGUAGAUUCAGGCGCAUUGUUUGCACUCAUGGUAGACCGACUUGCAUUCUACGUUAGCUUUGAGAUUGACGAGUUGACUAGCAUGCCAUUGUCCGAAACUGAAAUCACACAUGCACAUUAUGAACGUAUACAAACGUUUCAGAAACUGGCAUUUACGGAAUUUAAAGAUACGUUGGAAGAAUUCGCUCUUGAGAAUGUAGCUAGCAUUGACUCUGCCCAGGCUCUUGCAUAUCAUCUUGGAUUGCUAAGUCAUGAUGAUUUGAGGAAAUUGUGCCAAAUGCUGGGAGUCCGAACUGAAAGGUUUUGGGCUGGUGGUAGCGCUGAUGAUGAGGGUGUUAUGGCUGAUGUAGCAGGGUACUUUGAUAAAGAGUUUUUGAUUAGUGUGUUGGUCUCAAACUAUGAGAGGAAGGAAUCUCAGAUUGAAAAGAUUAACGCUACGUCGUUGUAUCCCGAUGAGAAUAUAUUAUUUGAUGAUUCAGCCAUACCAGACCCCAUGUCAUUCACCAACACCCAUUGUCUGGCUAUACCGAAACUCAACCUACAAUUCUUGACGUUGCAUGAUUAUCUUUUACGCAACUUUGAAUUGUUUCGUCUCGAGUCUACGUAUGAAAUUCGACAGGAUAUUCAAGAUGUUAUUAAAAGGAUGAAUCCUGGUUACAGCUCUGAUGUGUUGACUCCGGAUCAUGCUGUUAUCAAAGGUUGGGCACGGAUGGGUAUCCCUGUAAGCUCGGUUCAAAUUGUUGAAAUCGGACCACCACGAUUGGGAGAGAAGAAGCCUAGUUUUGUACAGGCUGAUGUGACCUUCAACGUCACGCGAUUCAAUGAAUCCUUGAAACGAGAAUGGGAUUCUCUCAAUCCCCAUGAUAUAGUAUUUCUCGUCGCUCUUCGUAUGGAGCCAGCUCUUAAUCAACAUGCUGAUCAUGAUGAUGAAGCUUCUGGUGCUCACUUUAGACGUAAAUAUGGAAUCCAAUACAUUCGAGGUGCAGAAGUAAUCCACUAUAUAGGAAGAGACAACAAGGAGGAUUUCGUCAAGAUUGACGUCCCCUUGAGUGAGCUCCAAGCCGUGACCAAACGCCCAAACAUGACUAAGUACCCUAGUCAUGACAAACGACCCAGCAACGAACGAAUUUUACGAGUAGCACUCGACACAAACCAAUAUUUUUCCGAUAUGAAGACGAAGGAAGAUGCAUAUGAUAAUUUCAAUAUCUUGAUUCGACGAAGGCCCAAAGAAAACAAUUUCAAAUCUGUAUUAGAAACCAUUCGAGAUUUGAUGCAGUCGGAAUUAGUGGUGCCUGAUUGGUUGCAAGAUGUGUUUUUAGGAUAUGGAGAUCCUAGCAGUGCACAUUAUUCCAAAGUGGUGGUUAAAUCUGCUACGGAGGAAGGUGGUGCUGUGGAAUUGACCAAGGAUUGGAGAGAUACGUUUUUAAGUUGGGAGCAUCUUGUUGAGAGUUUUCCUUCAAAGAGCGUGACCUCUCUGAAUGGUGAUAAACCUGAACCACCAUAUGUUGUUACAUUCCCACCAUCCAUGUUUGCUACCGAUGCUCCAGCAGGCAUGACUUCAGGGGUAAAACGUAAAUUGCAUGGGGAAGUGGUGGAAAGUAAUGAAGAGUCACUCGUAGUACGCACAUAUACGCCACUGAAUAUGGGUCCAUACCCUGAAGACGUGCCGAAGAAGAAUAUCAUCAGAUUCACACCCAUGCAAGUCGAAGCCAUCCAUUCUGGAAUGUCUAACGGACUGACUGUCGUAGUUGGACCACCAGGAACUGGAAAGACUGACGUUGCUGUCCAAGUUAUUGCCAAUAUCUAUCACAACCAUCCCGAACAACAUACUCUUAUCGUCACCCACUCAAAUCAAGCAUUAAAUCAGCUUUUCGAAAAGAUUAUGGCGCUUGAUAUAGAUCCUCGGCACUUGUUGAGGUUGGGUCAUGGUCAAGAGGAAUUAUUGGGUGGUGAAUUAGGUACAUGGUCGAAAUCUGGACGAGUUGAAGCAUUCUUGGAAAAGAGACUUCAGUUAUUGGCUAGGGUUGAUUUGUUAGCGGCUGCUAUUGAUGCUGUGGGUGCUCAUGGAAGUACUUGCGAGACUGCAUCCUACUUUUAUACAUAUUAUGUCUUGGCUAAAUGGGAAUCGUAUUAUUCUCGCGCUUCCAAGAAAUCAGCAACCCUUAAAGAUAUUGUAGAUGCCUUCCCAUUCGCCAAAUACUUUGCAGAUGCUCCUGCACCGUUAUUCAAAGCUGAAAUGACGCCCAAGGAAGCUUUAGAUGUCGUAGACGGAUGCUGGCGUCAUAUAAGUAAAAUAUUCCAGGAGCUAGAAGAAGUACGAGCAUUUGAAUUGUUGAGAUCAUCUCGAGACCGAGGCAACUAUUUGCUCAUGAAGGAGGCUCGAAUUGUGGCCAUGACAUGUACACAUGCUGCUCUAAAGCGUCGAGAAAUGGUGGCUCUUGGCUUCAAAUAUGAAAACAUCUUGAUGGAAGAAAGUGCUCAAAUCCUAGAAGUAGAGACCUUUAUACCAUUGUUGCUUCAAUCACCCGAUACGAAUACCGGCGUAUCACGACUACGACGAGUAAUCUUGAUUGGAGAUCAUCAUCAAUUGCCACCUGUAAUUCAGCAUACAGCCUUUCAACGAUACGGAAAUAUGGAACAAUCCAUGUUUUCUAGAUUUGUGAGACUCGGAGUGCCGCUAGUUGAACUGGAUCAACAGGCACGUGCACGACCAUCUAUAGCUGAAUUGUUUAGAUGGAAUUAUACGCAUCUAGGAGAUUUGAAGUCUGUGUUGGAUGCGAAUGAUGAAUUCAAGUACGGAAAUCCGGGAUUACCGUUUGAAUACCAAUGUAUAAAUGUAGAUGAUUACUUUGGUAAAGGUGAGACUAUACCUACUCGGAACGUUAUUCAGAAUAUGGGUGAGGCCGAGUAUGCUGUUGCUAUGUUUAUGUAUAUGCGUCUUCUUGGAUAUCCAGCCAACAAGAUUGUAAUCCUGUCCACGUAUAAAGGCCAACGAGAUCUCAUCAAUGAUAUACUCGCCCAACGAUGUGAAAUCAACCCUCUGUAUGGUCGUCCAGCAUCGGUACAAACGGUCGACAAGUUCCAAGGACAACAAUCAGACUAUGUCAUUCUCUCCUUGGUUCGAACCACUACAGUAGGAUUCAUGCGGGAUGUACGACGAAUGAUUGUAGCCAUGUCUCGAGCACGAUUGGGCCUAUACGUCUUGUGUCGGGUGCAACUGUUGGAAACGUGUACUGAAUUGCAUCCUAUAUUUGCGCGACUCUUGACGCGUCCUACGGACCUGUGGGUGCGUCCUAGCGAAGUGUUUGGUGUGCCCGAACGGCUUGUUACGGAUCCUAGAAUUGUAUAUACUAGUAAGAAGGUCUGGGAGGCUGUUGGUGAAGGUGAUGAUAAGCAGGUCAAGAGCUUUGUUAUGGCUGGGCUUGCGCAUCUUGGAAGUUAUGUUGCGCAGAUGUAUGAACAACAAAGGGCCAGGAUUACGGAAUUGAAAGCUUCCGCUUCUCAAUCAUCUCCAGCAUCAGCUUCGACGUGA